AUGAACUCGACCUUCAACAUCGCCAAUUGCACAUACGCCACCUGCUCCGUCGAGGACUACGGCCAAUUGAGAUACAUUCCCUCCCUCGCAGGAAACGCAUUCUAUCUCGCCGUAUUCUGUCUCGCCUGCGUCGCACAGAUCUUGUUGGGCAUUCGGUAUCGGACUUGGGGGUUCCUCGUGGGGAUGCUGGGAGGAAUCGGGCUGGAGAUGAUGGGUUACAUAUCCAGAAUCCAGCUGCACUUUGACGACUUCAACAACAACUACUUCAUCAUCUACCUGGUCGGCCUGACAAUUGGGCCCGCAUUCUUCUCGGGCGCGAUAUACAUCUGCCUCGCGAGGAUCAUCGCCGUCUACGGUACCCGGCUGAGCCUGCUCAGCCCGCGGGCCAUCACUGUCGUUUUUGUUGGCUGUGACUUUUUCUCCCUUGUCCUCCAGGCCGGCGGGGGGGCAUUGACCUCGUUGGACAUCUCCCCAAGCCUCGAACAGACCGGGAUCAACAUGAUGAUUGCCGGACUCGCCAGCCAAGUGGCCUCCACAACUGUCUUCUGCGGCAUCUGUCUCCAGAUCGUGUUCUCCAUCCACACGAGACCCGGCCUGAUCAACCGCAACAGCGCAGCUCUUCGAAAAAGACUCACAUUCAAACUUUUCUUAUCCGCAAUCGCCAUCGCAACGGUGACGAUCCUUAUCCGAUGUUCCUUCCGAGUAGCCGAGCUGAGCGAGGGCUUCGGAAGCGCCCUUGCCAACGACCAGGUCAUGUUCAUGGUCCUCGAUGGCGCCAUGAUGUCGCUGGCCGUCCUGGCGCUCUCAAUCGGCCACCCCGGCCCGGCUCUCGGGACGAUGAUGUGGGAGCAGGGCGGAUUCAAGCUUUUGGGAGGAAAAUCCAAGAAGGUGGAAAGGCGAAUCGCGUACGACCUUACGGGCACGCCGCAGGUUGCGUUCUCGCGGAGGAGGAUGACGGGGGCUAGGAGGGAGGUGGUGGGUAAGUGA